CUUAGUUACUGGGUAGCGGUUCAGCAUUGUAUUCUACCAUGAAGGUUCGGCUAACAUCAGUCUAGCGUUGUUACUGUAAAAUGUAAUGUUAAUGGUAUGGCCAAUUUCAUAAUAUCAAAAUGAGAUAUUGCAUUCACGUGUAAAGGACUCCUAAAUUCUUGAAAUGGGUGACAUGUUUGGAAAUGAAGCAGAUAUUCUUGGGAUGAUCAAGGAGUAUCUCAACUUUGCUGAAUUUGAAGAAACAGCAAAACAGUUUGAGAAGGAAUGUAAAAUCAAGGGGAAACCGAUCCCCAAAUCUCAAGGCAAUGCUGUUCAAGAUUCUAAAGCCCUCAUCAUUCAGAAAGAUCUUAUGAGCUCAUUUGAGGAUGGCGACUACAAGGUAUUCUUUGAGCUCUGGAACGAACACAUUCCUGUAGAGGACCGUGACAGUCAUCCCACAGCUCAAAAGCUUGAGUUUUAUCUGCACAUCCAUUUCACCAUCUAUCCUCUGAAGCACUGCCUUGGAAGACCACAGGACCGAGGGGAUUUCGAUGAGAGGAUUACACACUUCAAACACUUUCUGGAGACCAGAGGCUCAGCACUGAGUCAGACCACUGAGUUCCUGCCGUUCUACGCUCUACCUUUCGUACCCAAUCCUGUGGCGCAUCCGUCCUUCAAGAACCUUUUCCAGGAUUCCUGGAUGCCAGAGAUGAAGGAGAAGCUUGAGAAAUUUCUCUCUACGACACUAAAAGCUUCCAACACUCCAAGAUUGGUGACCAUAUAUAGGGAAGGUUUCCCUAGCAACAAAGAUACAGUACAACAACUGCACUUGCAGUUGGCAGAAGCUGAGAGGAAGACUUCGUCCUACGUGAAAAAGUUCCAGAAGAUGCAGGCCGACUACCAUAAACUCAUCGGUGUCACAGCUGAACUGGUGGACUCACUUGAAGCCACUGUCAGUGGAAAAAUGAUUUCCCCAGAGUAUCUCCAGGGUGUGUGUGUGCGCCUCUUCAGCAACCAGAUGAGACAAAGUGUGGCCCAGAGCAUUGACUUCACCCGGCCUGGAACUGGAUAUUACUCUAUGAGCCCUUAUGAUGAUGGAUAUGCCUCCUCAAUGCUGCGUGCCUCCGUCGCACCCCCGAGGCCCAAAGACGUGCCGCUGCUGCCCUCGUUGGACUACGAGAAGCUGAAGAGGGAUCUGGCCAAUGGGUCGGAUCGGCUCAAGGCGCUCCUGCUGCAGGCGCUGCGCUGGAGGCUGACUCGGUCUGUCCACGGUGAGCAGCGAGACACCGUCCUUCAGGCCUUCAUCAGUAAUGACCUCCUGGAGCGCGUCAGCCGAAGCAGCAGCAGCUCCAGAAAGAAGACCGUGCUUCACCUGAUGAAAUCAAAAAAUGAGAUUGUCCGUCAGUACAUGGCCCGACUCAUCAAUGCUUUCGCCUCACUGUCAGAUGGCCGAAUGUAUCUGUCUCAGAUCCCCUCUCUGCUGAAGAUUCUUCUGGACUCCAUGAAGACGGAGGAGAAGGACUCGCUGACCAGGGAAAACCUCCUGGGAGCCUUACAGAAACUCAGCCUCAGGCGAGCCCAGCAGACAGCCAUGAUCAGGGCUGGUCUGAUUGGCUGGCUGGUGGACGAGCUCCAUGACUCGGACUGCCUGACGGACUACACGCUGGAGUACGCGGUGGCCCUGCUCAUGAACCUGUGCCUGCGCACACAAGGCAAAAGGAAGUGUGCUGAAAAUGCCAAACAUGUGCUGAAAGUUCUGACUGACCUCCUGGGACAUGAGAACCAUGAGAUCCGGCCUUAUGUGAACGGAGCCUUGUAUAGCAUACUGGGAAUCUCUGCUGUUCGCGAGGCAGCCAGAGAAAUGAGCAUGGAAGAGAUCCUUUGUUGCUAUAGCAAAGAAGAGAACCCAGAGCUCAACAGACAGAUUGAGUUUAUCAUUAAACAGCUCAAUUCAGUGGACGUAACGGAGGAUGGGGCCGAGUCGGACGAUGAAGAGGAGGAAGACGAUGACGAGGAGGAUGCAAUGGAGGCAGAUCUGGACAAGGAGGAAGUGCUCCAGCCACAGCCAAAAGAACUUUCCGGAGAGUCCUUGCUCACAACAGAGUACCUGGGGAUCAUGACCAACAUGGUGAAGGCAAAGAGGAGGUCCGGUCCGCCUGCAGGCCACAGCGUGGACGAACCCUUACAACGGCCAGUGACACCAAGUUCGCAUCGAAACACAAUAGAUUCCCGGCGAGAAGGAGACUAUCCUCUCAGCCGAGAGAGCCUCCCCCUGUCCAGGUACGACUCCCGUCCCCCUACGAGAAGUGGCAGCCGACCUAGCACCUCCGAUUCGCUGCAUCGCACCUUGGUGUCUGAGUCGGAGUGCUGGCGCUCCUCCCAGGAGUCGGGGUUGGAGGGCUCAGUGGUGGGCCAACCUCCCCCACCGGCCACCAGCGAGAGCAACGGCCACGUCACCAGUGACUCCAUCCCUGCAUUUGCAAGCCGGCCCAAGAUUCCACGCACGCCUGACACUGACGUGGGCCUCAAGCGGCACUCCCCCCUCCUGGUCCCCCAGUUCUCCCAGAGUGAGCCCCAGCAGAGCAGCCGGCCCAGCUCAUCAGGCUCCGCUGCACGGAGCCACCGACUCAGCAGCCUGUCGAAUAGGAAGUGAAAAGAUAUCUUUCACCAGGGGGAGGCCUAUCUCCAGAGGAGCAUCCAGCUUCCUGUAACAGCAUCCGCACCUCUUAUCACAGUCAGCCCAACCGAGAAUCCUCCAGAGCCAGCGAGGGAGAGGGAGCAGGAGCACGGUGAGAACAAUGACCAGGAUUGUGGCCCCCCUCGCUGCUUUCAACCCCGCCACAGAAGGACUCCUGUAACACAACACGCUCCAGCAAUAAUCACAACAAGCACUUUUUCUCCUCCUCCCCUCUCUCUCUCUCUCUCUCUCUCUCUCUCUCUCUCUCUAUUUAUCUCUUUCUCUCUUUCUCUAUCUCCCUCACUUCCACAACCUGCCUCUUCAUCAGUGAGCCCUGUCUGGGCGCCCAACACCUUUCUCCCCCUGUUCUCCUGAGACAAUGGUUUACAUAGAGUGUUAAUCCCUUACUGACAUACGUGACCUUCCUCCAGAUUGAAUUUGAAGUCCCCUUAUUUGCUCAGCUGAUGAUUUUUAACGAUAUUAAUUAUUGCCAUAUUGAGUGCAGUGAUUUGUAGUGUUUUGUUUACAUGGUAGUGGUGUUUUUGGACCAUCCAAGUCCAUCCAUUUGUGUUGGCUGAAGCUGGUACUUUUUGCUCACUCAUGGAUUUUGAAAUACUCUCAGGUGUCAAUAAAGCUUCGUCUUUAUAUCAGCCGUUCUGAGCCAGGCUGCAUUUUCUGUACAAUAUAUUUUUCUCUGUCUGUUUCUCCUUCUUUAAUGGCUCCCUCUUCAAGCCUGUGAUUGACCUUCAAGCCUGUGACAGGUGCAGCAGAGUGUAGCAUUUGAUUGCUCUGAAGUGAAAGAGAUUGGCUCCUUCUUUGAUGUGCUCAUGUUUCUUUAGCUGCCUCGCUCGCUUAAUUGCUGUAUGACCAAAUAGCUGGAGACAUGAAGGACUCCUGUAGGCUUGAUAGGUUUCAUUAAGAAUUAAGAAUCUCCACUGUAAUCGUAAUAUACACUCCAUCAUCAUUAGCUUGAAACACAGGCAUACAUUUCAUUUGAGAGCAAAUUAGACAUAUUUGUUUUCCAUUGAGUUUGACUGAAGUUUCCAUUAUUGCUUAUGCGACCUGUGCUUUUUGAUCAAUGUGGUGAAUGGACUGAAAGGAUUUGGUCAACUCUUUCAUGUCCAAGAUUGCACUACUGGUGUAGUAGUGGUCACUGCAUUUACAAAAGGAGACACUCUCUCUCAUACUGUAUGAUUGUUACAGUAUCAUUUUUGUUUACAGUGCAAAAUAUUAAUCCCACCAUGGGUUUGUAGAUGCACAGUGUAGCUAGCUGCAAUGACUGUACAGGCAUAUCAAUGCACUUUUAAUAGACUUUAGAGGUACUGCUUAACAUGUGACCAUGUAUUUUACCAGCCACAAUGUCUGCUAUUUUUGUAUAGGUACAAUAAAGAUUUUAAUAAACACA